AUGACAAGGAAAUCCGAGGGAAAGGAGGUGGCUCGGAUAAAAGGGUUAUUCACACCGUUCUAUUGUAAACAUAAGCUCUUCCAAUCAUGGAGUACCAACCCCCAAGAUAGUAUACUGGAAUAUCCAAGUAUACGUACGCGGACAUGCAUAUCCGGAUGCAUUUGUUUCUGUAUCUGUUUGAGUGAAUGUAUGCCUGUAUCUGAUGGCUAUUAUGCUUACAAGGGAACGUGCAUAGAUGAACAAACCUGA